AUGGAGUCUCAACGGAACUUCCAGACACUCAAGGGCAAAGUUGCCAUCGUAACAGGCGCAUCUCGCGGUCUCGGCGCCGGUUUCGCAUACGAACUUGCAAGAAGAGGAGCAAGAAUCGUUGCAACAUACACAUCACCAACCAGUGAAAUACUUGUCAAAGAACUAUCCGAAAAGCUUGCUUCCCUGGAUCCACCAUCACAAUGCAUUGGCGUUAAAUCUGAUCUGAAAGAAGAAGCGUCCCCAGCAAAGAUUGUGCGGGAAGCUGUCGCUGCGUUUGGUCCCCAGAUUGAUAUCCUGGUGAACAACGCAGGAAUGGAAAUUGUCAAACCUCACACGGAUAUCACACCUUCCGACUUUGAUUCUAUCUUCUACCUUAACGUUCGCGCGCCACUCUUGCUCCUUCAAGCUGUGAAGCCAUACCUUCCUUCCUCAGGCGGCGGCCGGAUCAUCAACAUCUCAUCUGUGGGUGCACGAUGCGGCUUCAAGCAUUUGUCUCUAUACUGCGCUUCCAAGGCUGCCUUAGAAGGACUGACACGCUCGUGGGCUGCUGAGUUGGGGGCGGAGGGUCAUACGGUCAAUGCAGUAAAUCCAGGACCUGUACAGAGUGAGUUAUUAGACAAUAUUCCAAAGGAGAUCGUGGAGAUGCAGAAGAAACAGACUACUGCUGGUAAUAGGCUUGGUGAAGUGGAUGAUGUUGCGCAGAUUGUUGCUUGGUUGGCUUCGGAGGAGAGUCGUUGGAUCACAGGGCAGGCCUUGUCCGCUAGCGGUGGACUUGAGAUGUAUUAA